AAACGCUGUGCAGGAAUGUGCGCAAACUUUUACUUCUUUCUGUCGGUCUUCUCCUCUGUCGACGUGUUAAAGUUCGCUAAAUCUCAACGGCACCUUUGACUCGCUCGUCGCGGGAGAGUGGCAGAACGUCAACAUGGACACUCCCUCCAUGUUCUCGAUGGAGACGUUUCCCAUUGGGGUUUCCUUGAUGGACAACGAUCAGAGCCUCAGUGAUGUGGCCAAAAAUUCUGCCGCACCUCAGCUGGUCAUGCUGGCCAACGUGGCCGCGGUGGCAGCAGCGGAUGGCUGCGGCGAGGGCAGCGUAGCGGAUGAGAAGGAGAUGAUGGAGCUGAAGACGGUGGGGUGCGGUUACUCGGACAGCGAGGACGAGGGUGUCAUCAGGUACACUUAUGACAAUCAGAACCACAGUGAGGCCUGCACCAUGGACUACUCAGAAUCUGUGGGCCUUUGCCCUGUGCAAGCACAAAAUGAUGGACAAGAGGACAAGGACAAAGCAGAAGACCUGUCCCAAAACUUGGGCGGGCCCACAGCAUUGCCGGACCCCAAACCCAAAGACGGAGCUCCACGGCGAGUCCCGCCAGAGGGUGUGAAGAAGAAGAAGCCUUUUCACUGUAAACCCUGUCAUUUCCAAGCGCAUAACGAGAAAGAGUUUGUAGAACAUCUGAGAACGCACGCCGUCAGCAAGAUGAUGGUCGUCAACCGGGUGGAGGGGAGGAGCAAAGCCCAAGAGGCAGAAACAGCCCAGGGUCAGGCGCCAUCAUGUGAGGAGGGGAAGGAAGCCUCGGGGGCCAGCGCUGACAGCAAAGGGCUGAUUCGCUGCGAACGCUGUGGCUAUAACACCAACCGCUACGACCACUACGUGGCACACCUCAAACACCACAGCAAGGAGGGCGACGACCACAGGGUGUUCAAGUGCACGUUGUGUGCGUACAGCACGGUCAGUCAGUAUCAUUGGAGGAAACACCUGAGAAACCAUUUCCCCAGCAAACUGCACACGUGCACUCAGUGUUCGUACUUCUCAGACCGCAAGAGCAACUACAUCCAACACAUCCGCACGCACACGGGUGUGCGUCCUUUCCAGUGCCCGUACUGCGACUACUCCAGCUCCCAGAAGACACACCUGACAAGACACAAGAGGACUCACUCGGGCGAGCGACCUUUCAAGUGCGAGAGCUGCAACUACCUGGCUGCGAACCAGCACGAGGUGACCCGCCACGCCCGCCAGGUCCACAAUGGUCCCAAACCCCUGGCCUGCCCGUACUGCGAAUACAAGACCGCCGACCGCAGCAACUUUAAGAAACACGUGGAGCUUCACCUCAACCCCCGUCAAUUCCUCUGCCCUCUGUGCGAGUACGCCGCCUCCAAAAAGUGCAACCUGCAGUACCACAUAAAGUCUCGCCAUGCCGGCUGCGACGUCACUGUGGACGUCUCCAAAGUCAAACUGCGAGUCAAAAAGCACCCCAGCGGUGUUGAGGAGCCCCCAAAAACGGGAAAGACGGCAAACCUGUCCAGCGUUGAGGAGGACUUGGAGGCUGAGGAGUCCGCUCCAAGUGAGAAACCGUCAGAUCCCAUCAAUCUGUCCAUCAGAAAGCGCGGCAAACCAGGACAGAGUGAAGACCCAGAAGAACUUCCGAGGAAAUGCAAUGGAAAUGCUGAGAAGGUGGCAAAGACAAACAAGCUGGAGCAAGAGAAAACCAUCACAACCAGACAAAAGAAGAUGAAGGAGAAUAACGAGGACUUAAAGGGGAAGAAAAGAGUCAAGAAGAUGGCAGCAGAUGUUCCUGACCCACAACCAACAAAGGGAGAGCGUAAGAAGUGUGAAGUGGGAGGAGCAGCGAGCCAUCAAGGUGGGAAUGAGAGCAGCAAGCCGAGAAGGCCCGCAGGGAAGACCUCCAAACGAGAAGAACCCAAUGAGAGCCUCAACACUCCAGAGCCUCUUGAGAAGAACGUCCAAGAAAACAACAAGAAGAGGAAAGUGGCGGAAGCUCUCGAUCUUUCUUCAAAGUCUUCAUACGUGCCGCCUUCUAAAGUCCGGCGGGUCAGACCUGGCAACAAGUGGCUGUCAGCUCCAGCUUGCAAAGACACGGCCGAGGAAAGCGAUGCCGUUGAUGCGCCGCACGAGUCCACCCUACCCGCUAAGCGUACCAGGAGGUCCACCAGGAUAACUUCAGUAUGUGGACAGAAAGAUCAGUCAAGUACGCCGGAGGCACCAGAAUGUUCCGCCCACCUUGAUGAGUCAACUCCAACCCCCCAGUGCGACACCCCAUCUCAGGUAAACACACCGUUGGAUGAACCCCCGUUGGCGAAACCCGCCUCACCACCUGCUGUGGCACUUCCGGCACCGCAAGGCAAGGCGGCCGACCCAGAGGACGACGAGGGCGUCCACAGCAGCCACGAAGGAGCGAGUGACAUCAGCGACAGCGCCUCUGAAGGCAGCGUGGACUCAGGCCUCAACAGCAACAGCGUCAACUCUGGAAAAAUGCCCAACGACCCCGAAACACCCACCGAGGAAAUUCCAACUCCGACCGAGCUCAAAAGUCACAUGUGCAUCUUCUGUGAUCGCCAUUUCCCCCUGGAGGUAGAGUACCGCCGCCACCUGAACCGGCACCUUGUCAACGUCUACUACAUGGAUGCCGUCCACGGACCCAAGUAACGGCAAUGUAGAUCUCGGAUCGUUCCUGCAGCAGGUCUUCCCACACUCAACUUUGAAAUGAUAAGGUCCUGAAAAGAUGCUGUGGCAUCACACGGACCAAUCGGGAGGGGCUGCAGUCAACUUUGGACUUCUAACAGAUGCGGAAAAUGAACUUUGUUUUCGAUGUUUGACAAUCAGUCUUUAUUUUUACUUAUAUCUACCUUUGACGCAUCAACCUGAGCAUUUUGCUUCUAUGCAAUAAUUCCACAUGAAUACUUUGUGAAAUUCACCUCUUUCAAAAUCAGCUUUUUAACAAGCUUCCGGAAUCAGCAGCGAUACCGAUCCCAACAUGCCAGCUGACUCCUCACCUGCACACAGCAGCCACUUCAUCAAACGACAUUCAAUAUCAAAAAUUCUUAAAGAUUAUGCUCAGUGUCGGGACGAUAAAGUUUAAGUUGUUUAAGUCAACUAUGUGGACUAUUUCAUCUAGUGGUGGUCCACCGUUUUAUGAUUAUUUUUAAAAAGUGCCCACUUAAGUCGAUGUCAACGUAAAAUGUGAGUCAAAUUUCUGUGAAAAAUGAUUCCGUGUAGGUCGACAUGAGUUGUGGUAUUGGUAACUAUCAUAAUCACUAAGCAGUGUGAAAUGACAACAUACAUACAUAGCUACUGUCUACAUACACAGCAUUAAAACGAACACUCUGUGACUUCCUGUUCAGUGCAAAGUAAGUUUCAAAAUAAAAAAAAAUGCUUUUUGUGCAGAAAAAGAUUAUUAUAGUCUAGACGGACAACAAAAUUACCGCAGCAGCUCUGUUUGAUGAAGAGUAUAAAAUACAGUAAUCCAUCACCCCUUCAAGUUUUGCGGCUUCACUAUCAAGUUUUUUUCUAAAAUAUAUUAAUAAAUCUUACCGUUUUGUGGUUGAAUACUGCCUAUUAGUCCAAAUGCAUAUUUAAGCAAACUAUGUAUUUUUUGCUCAAAUUAAUCUUACCAUUUUUACUCUUGAAAAUGCUGAAGUAAAAUACAAAUACAAGGCAUUCAGAAGACGCAUUCAUAGACCGUGACAAUAUGUAGUAUUUCUAUACUUGUCACUUGGUGUCAGUAAUGUGAUGUUCAGUGAGACACAAGCGCCAGACUUGAAUGCCGGAACAACAGGCUUUUGUUGCAGGUUUGAAUGAUCUCACAAGAGGCACAAUAAUCCCUAACACUGCUAUAAUCCCUACUGCUGCGUCUGUAACCCAUGCCAAGCGAAAUCUCAACUUGGAACCCCCAAGGUCACUUCCUAUCUGCCCACCACUCUCCUAGCACCGGUACAAAUUACCAGUAACAAACAUGAGCAUGAGUCUUAUGUGGCUUAUUUACUCUUAUGUCUACAAUGUUGGGUAAUAUGAGUGGAAAGGUUAAUGGAGGGGUGUUAUUUCAUGUCUCAGCGCUCUUAAUGCUCUUAAUGCGCUACAAUGUCGUAAACAGGUUUUCUACAUCCGAAAAAUCUUCCACUUUCCUACUGCGCGGAAAAUCACUUAUCUCGGUCGGGUCUGGAACGAAUUGACCACGAUAAACGAGGGAUUGCUGCAUGAAUUUGAAAGGAUAAGAAUCGAAAUAAAAUUGUGCACAAAUGGAAGAAACCAAUGUCAAUAAACUGCCGUAGGUUGACAAUUCUUUACUUACCGUCCAUUCUUCUCCAAAAUCGCACAAAUUAAAUUUGCAGGCAAUGACCAUCUCAACUUUCUGUUACGUCGGCAACCGCUUGUGUUGCCAUUUCAAGGGGUGUGUACCUAAAUAGGUUCCACUGUACUAAUGUAACUUAUUGUGCUUGCAUGAAAAAUGAAUGCAUCAGUUUUCUGAUGUUUUCAAGAAAACCAUUCCCAGUACGUGUACCUAAUGAAGUGGCUGCUGAGUGUGGAUCAGAUCAGGUAGUUCAGGUUGAGAUGUAUUAAUUUCCUGAAAAGGUGAAAUGAACUGAGACCAUGUAAUGGUUUAUCACUUUUGCAUUUUAAUCACUUGCUUUUCAUACAUUUGUCCUUUAAAUAAUAAAGCACACACAUCAGUGAUAGAAAAUGAGUUGACAACACCAACUGUCAUGGUGAGAUUAAAGCAUCUCCUGGGAGAGGGUGGCGCAUUCUGCGUCUUAAAGUGACGGGGCGUUCCUUUCACUCCGUCACGCAUGUGAAUUCAAAUCAUUUAGGAAGUAGUUUGACUUACACCUUCCUCACUUUUUCGUGGGCUUCACCUGCCGCCUCUUGGCGACACGGGCCGACAGUCCAGCAUCCUGCAUCCUCGACGGUUUGAGCACUUUGUAGGCGGCGGAUUUUGGGAUUCGCGCCCCCUUCAGGGAGACCACAUGAGGAAGUAGCGGCGGCGUCCUUAGACCGAAGCCGACCAACGGCGGGCCGUGAACCAUCAACAGAAGCUUCUGGCCCUCCGGUGCUGUCACCGCCACCCAUCCUGCAGACAGCAUUGGUUUCUAUGACAACUGACCGGCAACACUGAGGGGUUAGUGUGAGCGGCAUACCUGCAGACGACAGCUUGAUGUCGGCCGUCGCCUCCAGGUGACCUCGACCCUCCAGCUGGACCUCCUGAGGAAGCAACGCCGGAAACUCCUUCAUCCGCUCCUCACCUCCCGCCGGCACCUGAACACAAAUCCACAUGAAUCCUGCAAUGAUCUCAACUUGAGCAGACCGGAAUUGUGACGUCUCACCCCCAGCAGCUCACGUCCGGCAUGUUUCUGAUAAACACUGUCUGCUUUCUCCAGGCUGCUGAUGUGAACCGGAAGUUGAGACGAGGCAAUGACGGAAAACCAGCAGGACUUUUCCCCCUGAAACGGCAUGAUCCACAACAGCUGAUCAGAAUUUGACACUUCAGUAACAUUUCUCAGCUUCCACUCCGAAUUUCAAGUUGAAUUUACUGGUGUUUUUUCUUUUUAAGAAUAAAAAGCACGUUUUUCUUAACUUUUGCCUCACCUCCAGGAGGUCGAUCCUGGCCAGAGCUCCCACAAAGAGACUCAUUCCGGGCUUCAGUACGAAGGUGCGAGGUAUGAUAGCCUGCGUGGGAACCACAGCUUUCACUUCCUGUUCGUUCAGCAACCUGAGAACCUGUGGACACAAGUUCAGAAUCGUUAACAUGGUGAAGGUUCCGAACCGGCUUGCUCGUUACUCAUUUAUCCUCACAUCGUGUUCCUUCAUGAUUCCUGGUGUGUCGAAGAGCCAGUGCGCAUCUUUCAGUUCAUUGUAGGUAAACUCAUGAACCGAGUCUUCUUUUUCUGUAAAUCUUUGAUUUGUUAAAACACAAUCAAUCAACCAAUCAGAUGCCAAGAGUGUCCAGUUUCUCACCCGUGGUCAUCUCUUCAUCUCCGUUCUCUCCAAAGGCUAAACUGUCUGGGUCAAACUCAAUCAUUCCCUGUCUGACGUUGGGUAGGAACGUUCUACCCACGCGACCUGAACAGGAAAAGGACAGGUUGGUUGGUUGUUAGCCACGCCCCCUACUUUUUCUGCUCUUACCCACUAAGUACCCCCGGCGGCGAAAGUCUUGCAGCCGCUUCAUUUCAUCCGGCGAGAGCUCAUCCUCCAUCUGUCUGCGUGAUUCUUGAAGACGCCGCUGCCGCCGGAACAUUCUAUACGGGGUCGGGUUGAUGAUGGGGAACUUGAGCAGGUUCAGGGUGGUGCCUGAACACAACACCGUCACAUCACGAGAAGGUUUAAAAAACAAACUUCAAUUAACCGCUUGAUGAGUUGUCAUCAGUGCUCCCAGCAUGCUUUGCGGACCUCGGUGCCAAACUCACCAGGCCACGGGGAAAUAGUGGCUUUGCGAAUGCUGGAGGUUUUGGAUUUGCAGAAGUCGGACUCCAGCAACGUGUUGAAGAGCGUUGAUUUUCCCGCAUUGGCACUUCCAACCAGGUAGACAUCACCUUUGUACUUCCAUGCCCUCUGCAGGCUGGAGAUCAGGCCCUCAAUCCCGUACCCGGUCUUAGCACUGAUCAGGUGGACGUCGGUCACCUGAGUCCCAAAACCGGCAUACUGGCAAUACUGGGACAGCUGCCGUUUAAUCCGCUGCAGGUAGUUUGGCGAGUCUCCCGGAAGGAGGUCAAUCUUGUUGCCGAGGACGACGAUAUGUUUGUUGCUGCCCACCAAUUCCGGCAGAUCAGGGAUGAUGGAGUCUGGGACAUCCAGGAGGUCCACACAAAGAAGCACGAGUGCCCUCUGGGACCGGAUCUUCUGCACCACGUCGCGGAACUCAUCCUUGGACACUUUCAGACUCAGAGCCUUUUGGUGAUGGCGAAGCAAGUGGCAGCGCUGGCAAGUGGCACUGCUCAGGCGCUCUUCCUGCAGCAGGACCUUGUAUUUCUCACUUGGCAGGUAUCCCGGGAUGGUGGCAUCUGUGCAGUGCAGGAUGCUGCCACAGCCCAUGCAGCAGGUGUCGCUACUGGGUUCAUCCAAAUCUGGCGAACCGUAGAUCUUAUGCUCGUGUUUCAGAGACUUGUUCUUCUUUUUUGAGGCCACGACACUCUGGUCCAGGGGAAAGUCCACGUCCUGGAACUGGAUGCAAGAUUCCAAAACAUGAUCCUGCCAAGUUAGGUCCUUCGAACCCUGGACCUGAAUCUGCACAGACCUGGAGCGAGUCUGCUGGGGAGGAGGGGCGGUCUGCUGCUUUGGACCUACACUGUUCACAAUUCUGGGUUCCUCCUCUUGAUCUGGGAGACCUGGAGACAGGUUUAUUGAUGACAACUCAACAACAUUUUGUAAGUGUUGCUUAUCGAGUAACCAAGUUUUAUGUAUUUUUCACCAAGGGUGUUCUGUAUAAAAUAUUUGCUGCACAUUGAUUUGUCACCAAGGUAGAGUGCAUAAAACUAUACACACACCUGUGAAUAUUCUCAUUCAUCCAGGUCAUUGUAUUCUCAUUCAAUCGAUCGCAACUGUACUUUGCAAGUUGUCGAAGAAGACGUUAGCUGUCCUAUCUAGUCUGACUGGUGUGUGUUCCAUCAAGUCUUUGAGCAAGAACUGAUGAAGCCUGCUCGGAUUAGAGGCAAAACGUCUUCUAAAACAAUUUAAACAGUCCGCUUGCGAUCGAUUGAAUGCCCUGAGACCACACAGACACACACACACACAAAAUACGAACAGUGGAGCGCAUGCGCAAUAUGCACCUGUCAAG